AUGUGUGCUCACACACCCGAGUGCGAUGGAACACGGCGAUUCGAGAUUAAAUCCGAGCUGGAAAAGCGACUGUCUCGGCUAAACCUCGAGGUCCUCGACGCCAACUACAGACGUCUGAGUUUGCACACAAGGGCACGUGAGCACAGGCCGGUUACAGGCACGGAGUGUCGAACUGAAACAGCGGAGGCACCCUCAAGUAAACACGCCCCUCCUUCGCCAGCACCCUGUAGACCAGCGAAGACGUGCGGUGGAAAUGACAGAGAAUUGUACAAGAGCAAUGUUAUGCUGAUCAUAGGCGCUGCGACGAGGUAUCGAAUCGCAUGCAAAGCGGAUGAAAAUCACUUGAUACAGGCCGCUGCGAAUAUUAUCACCAACACGGCCAUGCGUAGUCAAAAGGAGUCUCGGGAUGCUGCAAAGGUGGUGCCAGGUCCUUCGCUACAGUAG